UUCCAGCGGAGGAUGGCGUGACGUAACGUCGCUAGGGUGACUGGACACGUGUCGAGUAUAAAAGCGGAAGCCUGCGCGCGGCCGCGGACAGCGCACCCAGACCGAACGAGCAUCAGUAGUGAGGUAUCUCCACUUGUCCCUAAGCAGCAACCAUGCCUGAGCUCUGUGUUGGAAUCAAUGGCUUUGGUCGUAUUGGCCGUCUGGUCCUGAGGGCUUGUCUUGAGAAAGGCAUCAAAGUUGUAGCCAUCAACGACCCCUUCAUCGACCUGAAGUACAUGGUCUACAUGUUCAAGUAUGACUCCACCCACGGCCGUUACCGUGGUGAAAUUUCCCACGAUGGAGACAAGCUCAUGGUCAACGGUCAACCCAUCUCCGUCUUCCAGUGUAUGAAGCCUGCUGAAAUCCCCUGGGGCAGCGCUGGAGCCAAAUAUGUUGUUGAAUCUACCGGAGUGUUCCUGAGUGUGGAGAAGGCCUCGUCUCACAUCCAGGGUGGUGCUCAGCGUGUGGUCGUGUCUGCCCCCUCACCUGAUGCUCCAAUGUUCGUCAUGGGAGUCAACGAGGAUAAAUACGACCCCUCCUCCAUGACCAUCGUCAGUAAUGCCUCCUGUACCACCAACUGCCUGGCCCCCCUGGCUAAAGUCAUCCAUGAUCACUUUGGGAUUGAGGAGGCUCUCAUGACCACAGUCCACGCAUACACAGCCACCCAGAAGACGGUGGAUGGUCCCAGCGCUAAGGCCUGGCGCGAUGGCCGCGGUGCUCACCAGAACAUCAUUCCAGCUUCCACUGGUGCUGCCAAGGCUGUGGGCAAAGUCAUCCCUGAGCUCAACGGGAAGCUGACAGGAAUGGCGUUCAGGGUGCCGGUGGCUGAUGUGUCGGUAGUGGACCUGACAUGCCGUUUGACCAAGUCUGCGUCCUACGCUGAGAUUAAGGAGGCUGUGAAGAAGGCCGCUCAAGGGCCCAUGAAGGGAGUUCUGGGUUACACCGAAGACCAGGUGGUGUCCUCAGACUUCAUUGGUGACACUCACUCCUCCAUCUUUGAUGCUGGUGCUGGCAUCUCCCUCAACGACAACUUUGUGAAGCUCAUUUCCUGGUACGAUAACGAGUACGGCUACAGCAACCGCGUCGCCGACCUCCUGUUGUACAUGCAUUCCAAGGAGUAGAUGCAGAGAGGAUGUUGGGAAAGGGACCACCAUAGCUUUCUGUGCCUCUCCCUUAUCUUUUACACAAGCCCCACCCAUAGCCAUAGCAUUUUGACGUUUAGCUCUACUACAGUUGAUGUAGGCAGCAGCGAGUCUGCGUGUUCUGAGUUUAUCUGUCUUCACCUUUAUUGACAGGGCGACGGGUUGGUGAAAGUUCUGUGUUUGUGCCCCCCCCCUCCACCUCCCACUGCCAAUCUAGAUGUCGUUCUGACUGAGUACUAUGGUAACUACUGUAUCCAUUUCACUGUUGGUGUGUUUUAAAGCGUAAUCACCAGUGGAAGGAGGGAAGAGAGGCAGACCUAUUGUUACUCUGCUUAAGAAUAAAGAGAUUAAUAAAACUUAAAAAAUUCCAAAA